AUGAAUGGCUCCGAUCUCAAGAAGGCCGCCAUAAAUCAAGCAAAGAAGGUUGCGACCACGGCCGCCCUCGCUGCCAACAGCAACGGCCAGAAGAAGAGGAGGAAAGGCGAUAACCUCAAACCCAUCAUCACCACCGACAAUGCCUCAUCCAGCCUUCACGAUUCUCCGACUCAAGCAGAUCCCGAAUCUCCCUCCUCCUCCACAUCCGACGAAGACCCCGCCGAAACCACGGCUGACGAGGAAGACUCCGAAGACUACUGCAAGGGUGGUUACCACCCUGUGCACGUCGGCGAAACCUAUAACAACGGAAAGUACAUUGUCGUGAGAAAACUCGGUUGGGGUCAUUUUUCCACUGUCUGGCUCUCCAGAGAUACCUCCACCGGUAAACAUGUCGCCCUCAAAGUCGUCCGAUCAGCUGCGCAUUACACCGAAACCGCCAUUGAUGAAAUCAAAUUGCUGAACAAAGUCGUCCAAGCCAAUCCGAAUCACCCUGGCAGGAGAUACGUCGUCAGCCUCCUCGAUUCCUUCGAGCACAAAGGACCCAAUGGUGUCCAUGUGUGUAUGGUCUUUGAAGUUUUGGGCGAAAAUCUUCUAGGCUUGAUCAAAAGGUGGAAUCAUCGAGGCAUUCCGAUGCCUCUAGUCAAACAAAUUACCAAACAAGUCCUUCUCGGCUUGGACUAUCUACAUCGCGAAUGUGGUAUCAUCCAUACCGAUCUCAAACCCGAAAACGUCUUGAUCGAGAUUGGCGAUGUCGAGCAGAUUGUCAAGGCUUUUGUCAAGGACGAGAAGGAUUCGAAUAAAGACGACAAUCGAAAUGGUCGCCGGAGAAGACGAACCCUCAUCACAGGAAGUCAACCUUUACCCAGCCCGCUCAAUGCCAGCUUCACCAAUCUAGACAAAGUCGCCAGUACUCAUCAACAUCAACCUAGUAGUUUGAACCAAGUCUUGACAGGAUCGGCAAAUAAGCAAUUGGAAGGCUUGUCAAUGCUCGAGCAACUGAAACUGAAGACAAAAUCGCACAGUGACGAGAGUUCCGCAUCCGGGAAGGCAAGGGAAGCUACGACAGACCCGCUCGAGAAGGAUUUGGCCGGUGUUUCUCUCGACAGCAAGAAACCAACCGAGGCAGAAAAGGUUCUUAAAGCGGCCAAACAUGAAGAUGAGCCCUUGGGAGAAAUCAUCUCGGUCAAAAUUGCAGAUCUCGGUAACGCCUGCUGGGUUGGUCAUCACUUCACAAACGACAUUCAAACUCGACAGUACAGGUCGCCCGAAGUCAUCCUUGGAUCUAAAUGGGGCGCCAGUACUGAUGUAUGGAGUAUGGCGUGCAUGGUAUUCGAGCUUAUCACCGGGGACUAUCUUUUCGAUCCUCAAUCUGGCACAAAGUAUGGCAAAGACGAUGAUCAUAUUGCACAAAUAAUCGAGCUUCUUGGACCAUUUCCCAAAUCUUUAUGUCUAUCCGGCAAAUGGUCCCAAGAGAUCUUCAACCGGAAGGGCGAACUUCGAAAUAUCCACCGUUUGCGACACUGGGCCUUACCCGAUGUUCUGCGAGAGAAGUACCAUUUUUCGCCCGAGGAAGCCAAGAGAAUAGCCGAUUUCUUGAUCCCCAUGUUAGAACUUCCACCCGAGGCACGCGCCAACGCUGGUGGAAUGAGUAACUCGGAGUUUACGAAGGGGACCAAGGGAAUGGAUAAUGUCAAUCUUGAUAUUGCCGUUGGAAGCAAAGGGGAUGGGAUCGAAGGUUGGGCUACGGAAAUCAAGAAGAGAUGA